AUGGCUCCCAUCACGGAAGAGACCGUCGCCGGUCUGAAGGACACCAUCGGAAAGCUCGAGGCUCGCAUUGAGGACUUGGAGGGCCGUCUCGGUCAGUCCAAGCCCAAGUCGGUUGCCGAGCAAAUGCGCAUCAUCCUGAUGGGACCUCCCGGUGCUGGCAAGGGUACCCAGGCUCCCCGGAUCAAGGAGAAGUACUGCGUCUGCCACUUGGCCACCGGUGACAUGCUGCGGUCCCAGGUCGCCAAGAAGACGGAGCUCGGAAAGGAGGCCAAGAAGAUCAUGGACCAGGGUGGUCUGGUCAGCGACGAGAUCAUGGUCAACAUGAUCAAGAGCGAGCUGGAGAACAACGCCGAGUGCAAGAACGGUUUCAUCCUGGAUGGCUUCCCCCGUACCGUGGCCCAGGCCGAGCGUCUCGAUGACAUGCUGGCCGCGCGCCAGCAGAAGCUCCAGCACGCCAUUGAGCUGCAGAUCGACGACGCCCUGCUCGUGGCCCGUAUCACCGGCCGUCUGGUCCACCCCGCCUCCGGCCGUUCCUACCACAAGAUCUUCAACCCCCCCAAGCAGGAGAUGAAGGACGACAUCACCGGCGAGCCGCUCAUCCAGCGCUCCGACGACAACGCAGAGACCCUCAAGAAGCGUCUCGGCACCUACCACGCCCAGACCGCCCCCGUGUGCGACUACUACAAGAAGACCGGUAUCUGGCGGGGCAUUGACGCCAGCCAGGAGCCUGGCCAGGUGUGGAAGAGCCUGCUCGGCGUGUUCCAGAAGAACUAG